UACAGCGCCUCUAUUUUUUACAACAUAAACGCCUACAAUUUACACUUUGACUUAAAAUCUGACAUUUCCUUUUUAUUUGUUGUUUUUGUUUAUUUGUUGUGACUAUUUCGCGAUGUCUACCACACCGGCCACUACACCAAGUGAUGACAAGCAAGAAAAGAGACUCGAUGAGUCCCUUGGUAAUGUGAAAAUUCAAUCAUUCCACAUGAAAUGUUGUUUGGAUAGAGGUAAAUUGAUGGAAGCUCUCAAGCAUGCAUCAAAUAUGAUAACUGAAUUGAGGACUAAUCAACUGAGCCCAAAAUCAUAUUAUGAACUAUACAUGGCUGUUUGUGAUCAGCUCAGGCACAUGGAAAUGUACCUGCUAGAUGAAUUUAACCGAGGUCGUAAACUGGCUGACCUUUAUGAGCUGGUUCAAUAUGCUGGCAAUAUAAUUCCCCGGUUGUAUCUUCUGAUCACAGUUGGUUUGGUUUACAUGAAAACAACCCCUGGAAGUCGGCGUGAUAUUUUGAAGGACUUGGUUGAAAUGUGUCGGGGCGUUCAACACCCUUUACGUGGUCUUUUCCUCCGAAAUUAUCUUUUACAAUCUUGCAGAAACAUUCUUCCAGAUGUAACAGUCGAAGAAAUUGCCGGAGAUGGUGAUGGAAAAGAAGAGCAUUCAGGGACCAUCGAAGAUUCUAUUGAAUUUAUUUUAUUGAACUUUGCUGAGAUGAAUAAGCUUUGGGUUAGAAUGCAGCAUCAGGGACACACACGAGAUAAGGAUCGACGUGAAAAGGAACGUCUUGAAUUGAGACUCCUUGUUGGGACUAAUCUUGUAAGACUGUCUCAGCUGGAAAGCAUCGACAUUGAAAGAUACAAAAAUGUUGUUUUGCCUGGUAUCUUAGAGCAAGUGGUCUCAUGUCGUGAUGGAAUUGCCCAAGAAUAUCUAAUGGAAUGUUUAAUUCAAGUGUUUCCUGAUGAAUUUCAUCUCACAACAUUACAACCUUUUCUUCAUUCCUGUGCAAAGCUAGUUCCUUCAGUUAAUGUUAAAAAUAUUAUCAUUGCUCUGAUUGAUCGCCUUGCUCUAUCUAAAGACAUCGACUUACCUGAUGACCUAUUUGACAUAUUUUCUUCCCAAAUAUCUAACAUAAUCCAAUCAAGACCUGAUAUGAUAUUAGAAGAUAUAAUUUCAAUGGAAGGAUCAUUGAUUAACUUUACUAUUAAAAAGAUUAAUGCUGAAUCAAAAAGAGAAGAAAGUAUCGAUUCUGUUCUGCAAUCAACUCUAAAUGUUAUCAAAGAGAAAUGCAAUAAAGCGCGGAUACAGUAUCGUACCAAUAUUGGUAAAGAAUUACUCAAAUUUUUAAAGCUACCUAUAACUCAUGGUACUCAAGAUGGUCAGACUUCUGGUAUUGCACCAAUUAAGAUGUCACUUAAGUUGAAAGUUUUCAAAAAUCUGUUGAAGGAUGUAACUGAUUUGGAGCUACAAAAGCAAAUUACUCUGUCCUUGUUGAAUUCAGCAUUAGACUCUGGAAUCGAGGAUAAAAUUAUUGAAGAAAACCGGUUGACUUUGGAGGAGAUUGAAAUCUUUUUAAGUGAGCUCUGUGAGCCGCUCGUCAAAGGUGCAGCCCCUGAAGAGCUCGAUGGAAUGUUAGAUGAAGAUUUUGUUGAUGAGCAAUUACUGCUUUCUCGUUUUAUUCAUUAUUUACUUUCACCAAUUUGUGUAGCAGAAGAUGAUCUUGACUUCAAAUAUCUAAUAAUUUCAUCGUGCAAAAAGAUUCUCGCUCCUGGAGGAGCGAAAAGAGUGCGUUUUACGUUCCCAGCAUUGGUAUUCGAAUCUUUGGAUCUUGCUCUGAAAUACUCUAAACGAGGGUCCGAGGAAGAUGCUAAAUGGGAUAAAAAGUGCACCAAAAUUUAUCAAUUUGUUAAUCAAACAAUCUCAGCUUUGAACGAGAGUAACUGUCCGGAUAUAUGUCUCCGUUUGUACCUACAAGCAGCGCUGAAUGCCAGUAAAGUUGGUUUAAAAACCUGUGAAACACUUGCUGAUGAGUUUGUUACAAAAGCUGUUUCAAUAUAUGAGGAAGAGAUCUGUGAAACAAAGGAAAGAUUUUCAUCUUUGAUCUUAAUUAUCGGUGCCAUCAAAGAGAUUGACUUUAAAUCAGCUGAACUCAAACAACCAUUUGCUUCACAAAUGCCACUUCUUGCGUCUAAAUUAAUUCAAAAACCUAACCAAGUGCGAGCAAUUUUAAGUUCAAGUCUAUUAUUUUGUGAUGACUCAACAAUUUCACCAGAGGCCAUUAAAUGCAUUAAAAAAUGUGUCAAAAUAGCCUCAUCAAUGAUGGAUAAUGACCUGAAAUUACAAUUAUACAUUGAGAUAUUAGCUCACAUAACAUUAUUGGUUAGUCAGGAAAAUCAAGAGUUAUUGGAACAAAUGAAGGACCUAAAUGAAAAGAUUUUAGAACAAAAAAAUGAAGUGAUAUUAUCUGAAUCACUUGAAAAACAAUACAAUGCAACGUUAAACUUCUUGCAAAGUCAAAAUAUCUCACUAGAUAAAUGAACAUUUAAUCAUUAUCUGAUAAUCAAGCACAAAUGAUGGUAAUUAAAGUGACUCGCCCUUUUUUGUAUCACACGCAAAUUGUUGUUCCAAAUGUAUUUCUUCGUCUUUUAAAUCAUAAAUUUCAAAAAUCAGCUUUAACAUUAUUCAAUAAAAUAAUAAAAUUAAGAA